AUGUCCCAGCAGCCUAAUUCGUCUGCUAUACCCAGAUGUCGUCUUCAUCCCAUUCCCCUCCCCCUCCCCAUGGCCUAUAGAAGGGUGCUGGGUGUGAACGACUUCAGUGGCACCAUUCCAUCAUCGCUGGGCAACCUCAAGAACCUGGAGGCACUUGCCCUGCGUGACCUGCGCCUACACGGCUUGCUGCCUCCGUCGCUCACCUCUCUGCAAAAGCUCUGGCACCUGGAGCUGUCGUUCAUGUAUCUGUCGGGACACGUCGCACCCAUCGUGGCUCCCAUGAAGAAGCUCAAGAACUUAUUGCUGAGUUUCAACCAGUUUACAGGAGAUGUGCCCAUCCCAGCCUCCAAGGCCCUGGCAUCUGUUAACAUCCAGAGCAACUACUUCACCUCCGCCCCCACCCACCCUAAGAACUGCUCUGCUGUCAGCCUGAGGCUCUUUGACAACUGCCUGCCAACCCUGCUAUGUGGCUCGCAGCAGCGGCAGAGGAGCAACGCGAGCUGUGCUGCGUUCUGUGGGCUGGGGCAGGGCGAAGUUCUGUGCAGUGGGCAUGGGUACUGCUUCUUGAAUGACAGCAGUGGCACGAGCGAGUGUGUGUGCGAUGUCCACUACUCCACUCGCAAUGACCCCCACACGUGCACAUACACGAUUGACCCUGUGCUGGCCUCCUCUACCGCCACCCCAAUGGUGCUGAGUGGCUCGGCGCUGACCUCUGCUGGCGGCGCGCUGCUGCUGACCCCCAAGGCCAACGCCACCUGGGGCACGGCCUUCACAGCCGCGCCUCUCCCCCUCUUCUCCUACUUCAACAUCAAGGCCACAUGCGGUUACCAGCUCGCCUUCAACGUAUCCCUUGCCUUCUCUCUCGACCCGGAAGCGGAGGCGGGCGGGGAUGGGCUCGUGUUUGUCGUCUCUGCGGCGCUGCCAGACCGGCUGGGAGGGGUGGGGAAGCGGAGUGUGGCGGUGGAGUUUGACUCGGUGCUGAGUGUGAAGCACAGCGACCCCAACGACAACCACGUGGGCGUCAAUGUGGGCGGCUCACCUGUGUCCCUCGCCUCUGCCACGGCCCCUCUCAUCCUCAACGACGCCCACACCAAGCACGCCUGGAUCCACUACGACCCCACCAGCGGCGGCACCCUCCGAAUCUUUCUCUCCUCCGACCCCGACCAGCCCCCCACCCCUGUGCUUCGAGCUCGAGUGUCGCUCUGCUCCAUCCUGCAGCCCAAGGCGUCCAGUGCCGCAUUCUAUGUCGGCUUCACAGCCUCGUCCACGGCUGGCCCACAAGCACACUCCGUCCUCAACUGGACCUUCACUGCAGGUGUGUGCCUCUCGCGUGUGUGCCUCUCAGACCUGGCGUUGGGGUUUGUGUUGGACGAGGACUCCUUCUCAUCGCAGGGCUUCAACGCUGCCUUCCACUACGCCAGUGCGGGCUUCGACCCCGCGCAGGACAACAGCCCCGCGUGGACUGUCAAGUCCUACAGCACCUGGGUCCUGCCUGAAUCCGCCUGGCCUGUCAAGAACCAAAGGGGCUGCGGUGAUUGCUGGGCAUACGCAGUGGUAGCAGCGGUGGAGGCAGCCCACAGGAUUUCGAGCAACUCGCCGCAGCCACCCAUCCUGUCGGUGGAGCAUCUACGCCUCGCCCUCUCCUCCAACUGCGACGGUGGCUCGCCCACCAAGGCGCUGCAGUUCCUCCUCAACGCCACCGCGCAGGGCAAGGGCUUGGUGGAACAGGCGGUGUACUCCCAGCAAAUGGCUCUUCAAAGACGAUCGUUGGCAAGCACCAAGUACUAUGGCAUCCGAGGCAUCGAGCGCACGGGAUUCUACGGGUGGUUUGGUCUAAUGCUGGCAGUGCAGCGCCAGCCUGUCAUUGUGCACAUCGAGGCGUCCGCACCCUCCUUCCAAGACUACGAUGGGAGAGGCAAGUAUGCGGACGAGGAGUGUUUCAGCAACCACCUGAACCACGUGGUGCUGGUGGUGGGCUACCUCUCUGCGGGCUCCGACCCCUCCAACUCCGCCGUGCUGCCGCCCUUCUGGAUCAUCCGCAACUCAUGGGGCACAGCCUGGGGCGACCAGGGCCACAUGCGCAUGGACAUUCGCAGUGGAGACGGCAUCUGCGGCAUCAACACUCUCCCGGGCCUCUUUCCUGUUGUCAGAAGCAGUGCUGAUCCGUGUGGGUCACGCUCCUUCCAGUACAACAUUCAAGGUCCCGCCUUCAACCCGUGUGGGCAGUAUAACUGCAGCAAGAAGGGCACCAGCAAUCGCUGCAAGUGCACUGACGCCCGCUUUGCUCAAGUCAAGAACACCGAUGGGUCGUACACCUGUGCCUAUGUGGACGUGUGUGGGUCCAGCACUCGCAACCCAUGUGUGGUGGGCACGUGUGUGAACGAUGGCAAGGGCAGCUACUCCUGUGUGUGUCCCCCGGGGUUCAUCCAGGGCACCACCCUCGCCAACACCGCCUCCUGUGCUCCGGGGGAUGCAGGGGGGGUGUACACAGUGCAGCAGAGCAACGUGUGGUGCUCCCAUGUGCAUCCCAUAUUCGCCCUCACACUGGACCAGUUCACGCAGCAGAACAAGGGCAUCGUCUGCUCGGCUCCUCUGCGCCUCAACGCAAGUCUGCUCGUCAACUCCACAGUGCAACCCUGCUCUGUCUUCUACACCACCCUGCUUGGUGACACGUGCACGGGGGUGGCGCGGCAGGUGGAGCUGUGUGGGGUCGCGGCGCCGGAUGCGGAGUGUGAGGCGGCAUUUCAGGCGCUCAACCCCACUGUCAACUGCUCCUCCCUGAAGCCCUCCCAGGCCGUGUGCCUGGAGAGGGACCCCAGGGUGGCGAAUGUGACAGUGGUGUGCGACCAGUACUACCGAGCGCGCCUCAACGACACGUGCGACAGCAUCAGGCAGCUGGCGGAGCCUCCUCUCAGCCCCGUGGACUUCUACCGCCUCAACCCCGGCGUCAACUGCAACCAGCUCAUCCCCCUCAACAACCACUCACGCUCCGCCACCACCUUUGGUGCUGAGGUGUGCAUUGGCAGCGUGACCAACUUCACAGCGGGCAUCUGUUCCAGGACCAGCACCUACACCAUCUCACCAGGGGAUGACUGCAAGUACAUCAAUGUCAAGUACUUCUACAGCAUCAAGGGCUGCUACAGGCGGAUGAAUGGGAGCGAUGGUGCGAUGCUAGUGUAA